CAUAGCAUUCGCCCGCCAACUUGCCCACCACGACUCGUUCGCUCUGGUUGUCCUGGCCGUCAAACAUCUGGGCCGACAAUCGGGAUUGUACACUACAGGUCUCGUAAUCUCGCUCUAAUGUCGUCUAGUCUCCCACCAACGCCCACGACCGCGGUUCCUUCGCCUUCCAUCACCCCUGCACCUCCAGAGGAAGAAGAGUACUAUUCGUCAUGGUCGCUCUUCCUGGUCUGCGGCCUCCUCGUUCUAUCGCUGUUCACCUCGUACUAUCUGCAAAUCAAGCGAAUACGCGCAAUACACGAGACACUAGUCGCGAUUAUUGGAGGGAUGAUCGUGGGUCUGGUUGUGCGCCUCGCACCGGGGACUAUGAUUCGGGAAAUGCUGGUGAGUACUCCUGUUCCCCCUUUCCUGUGUUGCAUCGUUGUCUCUUGCGUAAAACGGAGUAGUCGAGAUCUGGGUCGUGUAAUCCGACCGCAUGUCCGACCGCUGUACUCGGUCCGAGUAACGUGGUUGGACCGGUUGCUGCAGCUACCACUUUGCUGUCGUCCUUGCUAUUGAAUGACCUGUACGUGCGAUAUAUGCAUUCGAGUCAACGCUCUCAGCUAUAGAAUCGAGCCCUUCAAGCGAGGCUCAUGCUUGUCAGUGCUCGGCAUCGCAGCUCCGCCGCUGUGCCCCC